UUUCCUCUGGGAAACCUUUCCUCUGGGAAAUGUUUAUAAUAGAAAAGGCUCAACUGGGAUACCUAUCAGCUUCUCCUCUACCUCUGGUGUGUAGUGGGGUUGACAACGGGCAAGGAUAAAAUGAGCUGGUCAUCUCAGGAUCAUGGAAAACCUGGACCCGAGGCUCAGGAAUGCCCCCUAUUUUCGUUGUGAGAAGGGAGACAGUUCUGUCCCCGUGUGCCAAAAGUGCGAAACAUGUGUCUUGGCUUGGAAGAUCUUCUCUACCAAAGAGUGGUUCCGGAGGGUGGGAGAGGUGCCCCAGAGGAGGUUUCUAGUGAGCAUCCUGGAGCAGCUGGAUAGCUUCUAUUUGCUGCACUAUUUUCAGAAUAUCCUUCAGACCACAGAGGGGAAGGAUUUCAUCUACAGCCGGUCCCGGAUCAACCUCAGCAGGAAGGAGGGGAAAAUCGUCAGGUCUUCCUUGAACCAGAUGUUGGAUAAAACCGUAGAACAGAAGAUGAGGGAGAUUCUGUACUGGUUUGGGAGAAGCACCCACCGGACCAAGGCAAAUUACACGCUCUUGCUGCUGCAGAUGUGCGACCCCAAGCUGCUGCUCACGGCUGCCAAUGUCAUCCGAGUCCUGUUUCUGAGACAGCAGAACAAUGUUGCAGACUACAACGCGCAGUGUGAGACCUCAGAUGUUUUCUGGGCAGCUAGCACCAAGAACGCAUCCUUCCCUUUGUCCAGAGCUUCAGGAAAAGAAAAGUCGCUUGAAAACAUGGGAGUUGAGGCAUCUAAUAUUGAAGGACCAUGGAAGAGUUCGAUCCAGUGUAUUUCCGAGAUGAAUAGGCUGUUUUCCAGAAAAGCAGACCUGUCGAAGGCAGAAUACACCCCCUCCGAUUUGUUGGUUGAUUUGGAUGUCGUCAAAGACCUGUCAUCCGGGGUUAGCAAAUUCCGGGACGUCAUCCAUUACCUGCCCAUCCACCUCUCCAAGUAUAUUCUAAGUAUGCUGGAUAAAAACAGCCUGAACAGGUGUGCCUCCGUGAGCCGGCACUGGGCCAUGCUGGUGCAGCAGGUGAAGAUGGAUCUGUCGAUGCAUACUUUCAUUCAGGGCCAUAUUACCUUCUUGCAGGGAUCCUACACAAAGGGAAUCGAUCCUCAUUAUGCCAACAGGCUUUUUAUCCCGGUUCCUAAAAUAACUGAUAACGGGAAGCGCAUGCGUGUGAAAAAUCAGAAACUGAAACUGAGAACAAAGAAUGACUACAACCUGUGGGCCGCAUACCAGAACCAGGAAACUCAGCAGGUCCAGAUGGAGGAGAGAAAUGUCUUCUGUGGGACUUAUAAUAUCCGCAUUCUCUCUGACACAUCCUGGGAUCUGAAAAGUGGGGCUUGUAUACGAAUCUUCAAUGGCCACCAGGGGACAGUCACUUGCAUGGAUUUAUAUAAGAACAGGCUCGUAUCUGGAGCAAGAGAUUGCCAGGUGAAAGAGUGGGAUGUAGAGACAGGGAAGUGUCUGAAGACAUUUAAACACAAAGACCCCAUCUUGGCCACCAGGAUCAAUGACACCUACAUCGUGAGCAGCUGUGAGCGGGGGUUAGUCAAAGUGUGGCACAUUGUCAUGGCCCAGUUGGUAAAGACUCUCAGUGGCCACGAGGGAGCCGUGAAGUGUCUGUGCUUUGACCAGUGGCAUCUCCUCUCAGGAAGUACUGAUGGCCUGGUCAUGGCCUGGAGCAUGGUGGGGAAGUAUGAGAGGUGCCUCAUGGCCUACAAGCAUCCAAAGGAGGUGCUCCAUGUGGCUCUUGUCUUCCUCCGGGUCAUCAGUGCCUGUGCAGAUGGCAAGAUCCGCAUUUACAAUUUCCUCAAUGGGAACUGUCUGAAGGUGAUGAAAGCCAACGGCAGAGGUGAUCCUGUGCUGUCCUUCUUUACUCAGGGCAACAGGAUGGUGAUCAACACGGAGAGCAAUAUUCUCAUGUUCCAGUUUGAGAAUAUAAAGUGGCAGUACUCCCUGGACCAGGCCAAACAAAAGAAGAAGGAUAAAGAGGAGGACAGGGAAGAAAAUGGCCUCACCGAAAUCCCCUCCAGGUCUAGCAUUCAGGCUUUCAGCGUGAGGGACUCGAUGUCCAGUAAACAAACUGUGGCCCAGGAGUCCCUGUUAAGUAAACCAUACAGGUCCCGAGUUUUCCUGAGGGCCACCAGGGUACCUACAGAAGUGUUCUUAGAGGGACCUCCAAGUCAAGGAAAGUCAAAAGCACCCCGAAGAGAUGGCAAGAAGAGAGCAAGUCCUGUUUUUAAGGAAGCAAGCAGCAUAGAUGGUGGGCAACAGAGUUUGGAAGCAAAAUCCCUCGCAGGAGAUCCAACAAACGAGGACGAGGAGAAAGUACCACCUGGAGACUUGAUCAAGCGCUCAAAGAAAAAGCGUUGGCAAAUCCCUAUGUCGGCCGACCAGUUCCUUCUGACGGUUAAUGCCCUGCAGCAAGCCCAUAAUUCAGGGGAGUUUGCCUAUCCCCGGAGGCCCCAAACCCAAGUCACUGAUGCCUGGGGACCUUCAAUUUCACACCCAAGGAAGGUCCUGAGUUUCAAAGGAAAAUCAAUCCAACAGGCAGUUGAUAGGUUGAGGUGGAGUAACCCUCCCAUUGAUGCGAAGCAAACCAGUAUUCCCUUGGAGAUCCAGAAACUGCAGCCCAACCUGAAGAACUCUUUGCACAGUCCCCGAGUGCAGUCCACCAUACCCCAGCCUGCGAUUAUCCGCCCCAGAUUCGCAGGCGCCCUCAAGGAUGAAGGCCAAGCGACCGGCUCCAUCGACGGGACAGUGCGCCCCUGCAGCCCGUUAACCAGCCUGCAGGUAAUUAAACCGAACCGCAUGCUGGCUCCACCUGUGGACAGGAGAACCAAGUCUGUCAAGAAAGAACGACCUUGCUUCUACACAACCGUUGAUCCCUUUAGAAUGAACACCAAGUUCAUGUUGUUGACCGUAAAGGAGGAGAAGGAGUAUGCGGAAGCCAAGAUGAAGGAGUUUCAGGCCAGGAAGCCCAGUGAAGUGGUCAAUCCAGAAAAAGCCAGCAGAGCUGCCUGGAUCAGGAAGAUCAAAGGCCUGCCUAUAGAUCAUUUCAUGAAGCAAGGAAAAACAGCAGCCCCGGAACUUGGGCAAAACGUGUUUAUCUGAACCAGCCUUGGGAAAUGAACGUCUUACAAUAAACAGAGAACCCAAGUGGA